AUGACGACAUACGGACGUACAGAGGAGUUUCGUAUGAAAUAUGAUGAGAUAGAGUCGCUUAUAUCAAACCAAACGAAGACCCAAUUUCUUGAACUGCAUUGCAUUGCUUUGCCCACAAUUUAAUUUCCCAACCACUGUCUCCUACUCCGUGUCUUUUGCUACACUCGUAACUGUGAGUGUAGAUAUUCAUAAAUAGCUAUGUAUAUAACAAGCACGAGCUACUGCCCAAUUCGUACACAUCACUCACCGGAAAAAUCCGUUUCCUGUAAUUAAAUCACCUGUCUUAACUUAGCUUCUUCGAUCGUCCUCAUGGAUAAUGUAAUGGCGGUCUUCACUUUGGCCGCUGCUGUCUCAGCUUAUCUCGUCUGGUUUUGGAUUCUGGCCCGGAAACUUAACGGACCGGGGGUGUGGCCGGUGGUCGGCAGCCUGCCGUAUCUGUUCAUGAAUCGCCGGAGGAUUCACGACUGGAUCGCCGGAAACCUAGAGGCCAGCGGCGGCGCCGGGACCUACCAGACUUGCACGGUGGCGGUGCCGUUUCUUGCCCGGAGACAGGGGUUUUACACGGUGACGUGUCACCCGAAGAACAUCGAGCAUAUUCUCCGGACACGGUUCGAUAAUUACCCCAAAGGGCCGACCUGGCAGACGGCUUUCCAUGAUCUUCUCGGGCAGGGGAUUUUCAACAGCGACGGCGAGACGUGGCUGAUUCAGAGGAAGACGGCGGCGCUGGAAUUCACGACGAGGACGCUCCGGCAGGCCAUGGCGCGGUGGGUGAACCGGACGAUUAGAACCCGGCUUUGGAUUAUUCUAGAAAAGGCGGCUAAGGAAAACUCGGCGGUCGACUUGCAGGACCUUCUUCUCCGCCUCACCUUCGAUAAUAUCUGCGGGCUGACCUUCGGGAAGGAUCCGGAGACGCUCUCGCCGGAGCUGCCGGAAAAUCCGUUCGCGGUGGCGUUUGAUUCGGCGACGGAGGCGACUCUUCAGAGGCUACUGUAUCCAGGGUUUCUAUGGAGGCUGAAGAAGCUUCUGGACGUGGGUGGGGAGCGGAGGCUACGGCGGAGCUUACAGGUCGUGGAGAAUUACAUGGCGGAGGCGCUCGAUGCGCGGAAGGAGACGCCGUCGGACGAUCUGCUGUCGAGGUUUAUGAAGAAGAGGGACGUCGACGGGAACCUUUUUCCGAGCGGCGUGCUGAAGAGGAUCGCGCUCAACUUCGUGCUGGCGGGGCGGGACACGUCGUCGGUGGCGCUCAGCUGGUUCUUCUGGCUGGUCAUGAACACGCCCCGUGUUGAGAACACGGUCGUCGCCGAGCUGGCCGCGGUGCUGCACGACACGCGCGGGAAGGACACGCGGAAGUGGAUCGAGGAGCCGCUGACGUUCGACGAGGCCGACAGGUUGGUUUAUCUCAAGGCGGCGCUGGCGGAGACGCUGCGGCUCUACCCGUCCGUGCCGGAGGACUUCAAGUACGUCGUCGCCGACGACGUGCUGCCGGACGGGACAAGGCUGCCGGCGGGGUCGACGGUGACGUACUCGAUAUACUCGAUGGGGAGGAUGAGGAGCAUAUGGGGCGACGACUGCCUCGACUUCAAGCCGGAGAGGUGGAUCUCCGCCACCCCGGCCGGCGACCGGUUCGAACCGCCCAAGAAUAUGUACAUGUUUGUGGCGUUCAACGGCGGGCCCAGGACCUGCUUGGGGAAGGACCUGGCGUAUCUGCAGAUGAAGUCCGUCGCGUCGGCGGUGCUCCUCCGCUACCGGCUGUCGGCGGUGCCCGGCCACCGUGUGGAGCAGAAGAUGUCGCUCACUCUCUUCAUGAAGAAUGGACUGAAGGUGUACCUGAAGCCCCGGGACUUGGCUCCGCCGCCGCCGAAAUCUGCGUGAAGGGAUCGACGUGAUGUCGACAUCGACCAUUAAAAUAUAUAUAUAAUAUAUUUUCAAAAAAUAGAGAAGUAAUGAGUUCCUGUGGUUUGAAUUUUCAUCGUCUGCUCACUUCUCUGUUUUCCAUUUUUUU